CCGUGACAGAUAAAAUAACAUGACAUAUAUUAUUGACAUUGGAUGUCAAAUUAUUUGCAUUGUACGAAACUACUUUUAUGAAUGGAAACUUGUAAAUAAUUCAAUACAAAUAAAGUUCGAAGGUAAACACAUAAAUAGAUUAAAUAGUAUAAACCAAUACAGAACGCAAAGUGAAAAAUGUUACAUUUCCGUAACAUAAACUAAAUAUACUGUAUUAAGUAUUCAAGUUUACAUUUUAAAAUGGCAGAAAAUAAGACACCGAGUCCGCAGAAUGAAGAGAAAAUCGAAUUUAAAAAGCCUGUCUUGUUCGGACGUGUCGGGAAAUUGCCUAAAAAAGUUAAAAAUGAAUCUGAAAAAGUAAUUGAAGAGCCAAAAGAUGAAACACCGGCCGAAAGUAUCACUGAAAGCACUUCAAAAGAAUCCAUACCGCCGCCGGCCCACAAGAAAGAAGGUUUGAUUCCGAUACCUUAUAAAGAGCCUAAAUGGUCAGGAUUAUGCCCUGAUGGAUCGGACUACGCACUCGAAGUUAUAAAGUCUGGCAUCAUUACAGAUAAAGUAGAUUUGACUGGGAAACCUUAUCAUGUGUUUGGGAGAUUCACUAACUGCGAUAUCAUAAUGGCACAUCCUACGGUCUCUAGGCAUCAUGCGGUUUUACAAUAUAAAGCGUUCGCGGAAGAAGGGGAGCCCGUGUGCGGUUGGUACUUAUAUGAUUUGGGCAGCACUCACGGCACAUUUUUGAACAAGGAACGUCUUAAAGCCAAUCAUUACACUAGAGUGAGAGUCGGACAUCAGAUCAAAUUUGGAAGCAGUACUAGGAACUAUAUUGUGAUGGGCCCCGACUUUGACUGUGAAGGCGAGUCUGAACUGUCAGUGACGGAAAUAAAACAGAAGGCAUUGGAAAUGAAGGCAGAGCGGGACAGGAUGAUCAAGGAGGCGAUAGAACAGAGAGAGAAGGAACGAUUGGAAGAGGAGAAGAGGAAAGAAGAACUUGGUAUCGAUUGGGGCAUGGGCGAAGACGCUGAUGAAGAACCAGACCUGGUCGAAAAUCCGUAUGCUGCUACAGCAAACGAGGAGCUAUACCUCGAUGACCCAAAGAAGACGCUACGAGGCUACUUCGAGCGCGAGGGUCAUGAGCUGAACUAUGACUGCGAGGAGAGAGGAAUCGGCCAGUAUAUAUGCCGAGUGGAACUCCCAAUGGACGAUCCCCACGGUAGACCGGUGAUGGCCGAAGUGAUCCACCGAGGGAAGAAGAAGGAGGCCGUAGUGGCGUGUGCGCUGGAGGCCUGCAGGAUCCUCGACAGGGCUGGACUGCUGCGCCAGGCGAAACAUGAGUCGCGCCGGCGCAAGCAGCGCGACUGGAGCGCGGACGACUACUACGACUCGGACGAGGACACGUUCCUGGACCGCACCGGGCACGUAGAGACGAAGCGCCGCAUCCGGAUGGAGAGGCUCGGAGCCGCCGAACUCAAGAAUGAGAAGCCGCUCACCUAUGAUGACUUGCUCAGCAAGGUCGAGGAGCUGGAGCGCAAGCUGGCGGCCGAGGAGAAGUCGCUGGCGCGGCUGAGGGCCGAGCUGAAGGCGGGUCUGCAGCCCAGCGGCGACGCGGACGCGCUCGACCACUACAUGAGCACCCUCAAGCACGGCACCAUGGCGCAGAAGGCGGAGAUAUCCCAGACGAAAGUAGUAGUUUUAUUUUUCCAAAUGGAAAGGCAAAGGAUGAACAUACAGAAGCUGCGUAAGGAUCUGUCGAAGACGCAACGGCUGGCGGAGCUGGCACGCCCCGCACACCUCCCGCCCCUUGUCGCGAAACAGGAAACAAAGAUGGCCGUCAAAGUCGGGAGUAACAGCGUUGUCUACGGGAAGAGGAUACGUCUAAAAGAAGACACCCGGAUACGACCCAAGGUUUCCGUACCAUCGAAGCAGGACGACGGAGAAUUCGUUGAGGAGGUGGAAUCGGAUGAAGAGGAGAAGAAUGAAAGUACAGAUCAUAACAAAAAAAAUAAUACCGAAAAUUCUACUAAAUUCGAAAGUGCUUCGAAAGCUGGUAUCAUUGAAGCUGAAUCUAGCGUGGAGGGCGCUCGUGUUAAUGACAAAGACGACGAUGGUGAUGUCAGUAAGAGAGAGGGAGACGAGAGACCCAGAACGUUCGGUCCGAUGAGGCCUCCCGAUGGAUACGUGAUACCAGACGAUUAUUACAGUACUCGAGAUUGUAAUGAAAUCAUGGAGGAAUAAUUAAGAAUAAAUUAUUAAAAA